AUGGCCAUGGAGUCGACACAGUGUGAAAAAUGUCCAACUACUCCUCGUCCAUGCAUCUUCCUCCACGGUUUAGACAACCCCAAUGAUGUCAAGGAGCUACAGGACACCCCGAAGCUAACGAGAAGUAAGUUUGGAGACAUGCACGGCCACGCUCCUUGCUGUUCCACGAUCAAGUACGCUGUGGUGAAUACUAUAGAUGCCGGUUGGACAAACGACACACUGCAGCACAAAUACUGUGACUAUGCUCUCUCCAUGAGCGACAGUAGCGACGUCGCUACUGGGACCAUCGACAAGACAAUCGUUGUGACACAUUCCAUGGGUGGACUCGUCAUGGCUCACGCUCUGGCUACGGGGAAGUGUCGGUUCAGUGACACGACCUCGUGGGUGUCACUAAGUCCCCCGAUGGCUGGCAGUAUGGCUGUGGACUAUCUCAUGGAGUUCAGCUCCCCGUCUAUUGAUGCCGCUUAUGCGGCAGCGCAAAAAGCGUAUCGAAAAAAUGUGACAGCCGCCAUGUGCAGUGACAGCUAUGUCGGACUCUUCUCGACGUAUCAAGCCGUGUGUAUCCUGGCGGGAACGGUGAUCCCGCACAAGUCCAAGAAGAACGACGGUCUCGUUGAAUUCGAUAGCUGUCUGGGUGGCCUUGAUGAGAACCUCUUCGGUAAUCACUACUUGGAUACAUUCUACAGACCGAAGCUAAACCACGCUGAUACGGCAUUUCUAAAUGGUGAUGGCAUUCUCAAGAAUUCACAGAAACCAAGGAAGUGGUUUGAGUGUCUGCAGUUGUAG